AUGAUUGAUUCUGAAGAAGCAAAUAAUAUCAACAAUGAUGACUCGAACGAAUUCGAUUGUGCACCGAGGUGUGGUAUGGAGUUUGAUUCGCAAGAAACAACCUAUAAUUUAUACAAUGUCUACAGACGAAAAGUGGGAUUUAGUAUUAGAAAAGAUCGUCACUACAAGAAUAAGAAAACUAAUGAAGUCACUUCAAGAUUUUUUGCUUGUAGUAAGGAGGGUUUUCGGCUCCAAGAUAAGCAAGAUUACAAGAUAAAGAAGCCAAGGGCAGCGACACGGACAGGUUGUCAUGCUAAAAUGAUUAUUAAGUUGAAUGGAUCCAAUGGAAGGUUUUUUGUGCAUGAAUUUGAGGAACAACACAAUCAUGCUCUUCAGAAACCAGAGUGUGCACAUAUGCUACAAUUUCAGCGAAAAAUAUCAGACUCUCAGGCUGCUGAGUUAGACUUGGCAAAAGAAUCUGGAAUCUUGCUUUGGGAAUCUUAUGAGUUGAUGGCUAAGCAUGUUGGAGAAAGGGAAUCUCUUGGUUAUACAAAGGUUGAUCAGAAGAACUAUCUUUUGUCUAAAAGGCAAAGAAAAAUGGUGUAUGGUGAAGCAUGA